AUGAUCUGUGUAGCCCCAGCAGUGCCAGCUGUCAGUGUCCAUCAGUGCUCAUCCAUGCCACCUGCCAGUGCCCAUCAGUGCCACAUCAAUGCCACAUUUCAGUGCCAAUCUGAGCUGCCUUUCAGUGUCACCCAUCAGUGCCAGUCAGUGCCACCUAUCAAUGUCAGUCAGUGCCACCUAUCAGUGCUGCCAAUCAGUGCCACCUAUCAGUGCCGUCUAUCAGUGCCAGUCAGUGCCGCCUAUCAGUGUGCAUCAGUGCCGCCUAUCAGUGCUGCCUAUCAGUGCAUCCUCAUCAACGCACAUCAGUGAAGGAGAAAAGUGCCCGGUAGGCAAGUACUGCCUAUCAGUGUUGCCUAACAGUGCCAGCCAGUGCCACCUAACAGUGCCAGUCAGUGCCGCCUAUCAGUGCCAUAUAUGAGUGCUGCCUUUCAGUGCCCAUCAGUGAUGCCGGUCAAUGCCCAUCAGUGCCACCUACCAGUGCCUUCUCAUCAGCGUCCAUCAGUGCAGCCUCAUUACCGCACAUCAGUGAACGAGAAAAAUCACUUAUUUACAAAAUUUUAUAACAAAAACUAAGACAAAACAUUUUUUUUUUCAAAAUUUGCAGUGGUUUUUGGUUUGUUUAAGAAAAAUAA